AUGGAAUUAGCUGGUGACAAUCUCUGGGCAGUAGCCUGGUUUUACGGCCACGACUAUAUGCAUAAAGAAAUGCACAGAGCGAUCCUUAAAUCUAUUGGAGUGGAUGUUGGUGCAGUAAUUGAUAACAUAAUUCGCGGUGAUAGGCUAUACAACUCAACUCUCAUUGAGGACACAGCAGAAUUGAGACCAAUUUGGAACAGAGAUGCACAACUUCCACCGGUUGAAUUAAAAACCAUUCUGGCGAUCAGGGAAUUAGCUAGUGAUAAUCUUCAGUCAGUUGCUAAAUUUUACGGCUAUGAUCCAGAAGAUAAUGAAAUCCAUCGAGUGAUCUUCAAUGCGGUGGGAGUUGAUAACUGCAAAGUAAUUGAUGAGAGAAUUCGCCGUGACAAGGAAUACAACUCAACUAUCACUGGCGACACAAAAGAAUUGAGACCAAUUUGGAACAGAGAUGGACAACCUCCACCGGUUGAAUUAAAAACCAUUCUGGUGGUUAGAGAAUUAGCUGGUGAUGACAUAAGCAGAUGCUUGUUACACUACGGUAUUGAUUCCAGUUUAAACCAUCGUCUUGGGAUCCACGUACUUUUCUCCGAGAUUGGAAAUGAGACAACAUUUAUCGAACAGUAA